AUGUUUUCUACGUCCUCAGAAAGACACUCUGCGGACGAUAAAACGGGAAUUCUAGCGGAUAAAACGAAUUACAAAGGUAUGGAUGAGUUUCAGAUGAAAAUUAAAUCAUGGAUCACAAAUAACUCUGAUGUAAAUAAUGGAAAAGAAAGGAAAUCUAAUGAAAAUUCUGUUGGCAGGAAAGAAUUUACGUCGGAUAAUGUACUCUUGGUUAUUGGUAACAAAAAAACCGGGAAAACACAUUCAUAUUUAACUGGAUUAUCUGAACUAAUAAAUGCAGAAAGAUAUUCAAUGAAUGCUGUAUUUUCAAGAGAAGAAUAUCGCGCAAAAUUAAUAGCACAUCAAAGCUUGAAGAGGAAAAAUGCCAUGCCCAAAGAUUUGCGGAAGAUCAACGGUCUUCCAAAAUUUGAUUGGAAUGGAAUGAUAGUUCCAAUAGCAAUGGUUAUCGUUCCAUCCAGAGAAAUGGGAUUGAAUAUCUUCAAUAUGGCAUUAAAACUGCGUAUACGCUCAAAAAUGAUAGUUGGUGGCGAGGGAUACAAGAAACAGUCCGCAAUAAUAGGUGGUGCCAUGCGCAUUGUAGAUAAGAAUAACAAGGAAAAUGUAGACUUAGUUAUAGCAACACCUGAAAUGUUGCUCAGGGCGUUUAAAGGGAGAUUUGAGGAUCUUAGAAUAAAUGUAGGUCACUUAAGAUUUAUGAUUGUGGAGGAAGCUGAUUUGCUAUGUGAGCCUAUAUACAUAGAUCAAAUGAGUGGGAUUCUUAAUUUGGUUUCUUCUAGCAGGCUUUUUGCAAUGUACCUUACAAGUACCAAAACGGAACCUCUUGAAACGUUUAUACGACAGGCCCAUUCAAUUUGCAGUGAUGGUGAAAAUUCAAUAAAUACCAUCCUUCAUCCACAAACCUAUAAGGUUGAUAAUAAGAUCAACCAGAUAUUUACUUCGAUAUCAUCUAGUGAUCCUUUAGAACAAUUAAUUGAAACUCUGGAUGAAAUUAAGCCAAAAUCAGUAAAUAUGCACAAAAAAACGCUCAUUUUUUGUAACACUGUCAAGUGCUGCCAAUUUAUUACCCUAUCUCUGCGUGAAAGGGGCUACAAGAUAGCAUCGUUACACGGCGAAAUGAAAUUUGAUGAGAGAAGCAAAUCGUUAAAGGAACUAAAGGAAAACUGUAACAUUCUAGUAACAACAAAUAUGGCAAGUAGAAUUAGUUUUCCGUUCAACAUCCAAAAUGUGAUUUCAUUCAAUUUCCCGAGAAAUGUCUCGGAUUAUUUGCACAGAGCACAUAGCAUAUCCAGUGAUUCUGAUGGGAUUGUAAAUUCGUUCUUCUCAAAGAAACACCUACGAUUGUUAAAAGAUAUACACGAAUUGUCGCCAUGUGAUAAUUCUAUUGAGUACAGGAAUGUUAACCACAAGACUGUGAAGCUUUUACAUCUACAUAAUAAAGCCUUUGUUAAUGCAGCUAUAAAGUAUAAAAAUAUGAAAAUAAAAAAAUACGGAAAAGUUGGGUUAAAACUGACGCACAGAAGGAAUCUUUUAUCUCCAAAAAACAAGAGAAUCAUGAAAAGGUUUUACCUCAAGGACAAAGCCAUUAAAAAGAUGCAAUUCUUGAAGAAACGUUCUAUUUUAAAAAAAGAGUAUGCAUUACCAAAAAUUCCUGAUCGAAUACUCGAGAUGUCAGAUAGUCAAGAAUUCAUCAGAAUGAAACGUUCAUCAGAUGGUUUCUUGCAAAUAAUCCCUAAGCGAAGAUCGAGAAUUAAUGCUUCAAGGGAUUCUGAAAAGGAAAAAUCUGUACCUAUAACUGGUCUUCCAUCAUAUGAAGAUCAAAACGCUCGCAAAAUUCCCAAAUACCAUCGCAACAUGCACUUUUAA